ACCAAAACUAUGGAGCGAAACCUACACUCAUAUGGAUAUCGUAAUAAUUCAACGCGAACUAACUUAGUUGUCCCACCGUCAUCAGCCAGGGCGGACAGAGUUAUGUGAUCACAAGAAAAGUCGGUUCAGUGGCCCAUUUGAAGAACUUUCAUAACCAUUCCAAUCCCAUAUAAGGUGCAGACAUGUCUAAGUUAACCGUCACAAAUUUUAGCAACAGAACCGGAAGCCCUUACAAGAUUAAGGACAAAGAAGAACAAGAGGGCAGGGUGCACGAAGAAGUUCUACAGAAGAACACUUACGAUAUCCAGAAGGAGAAGAAUAAUGAAUUACUGCAGAAAGUUAACAAGAAGACAGCGGAAUAUCAGUCAAAUAAACCGAGUUCAGGUGUUUUUACUGAAGUCGUUACCCACGGUGCUUUUACAUCGAAGAAAUUCGAGAAGGAGAAAUCACCUAAAACUGAAGCACCAGUUACAAAAGCUAAUAGUUCUAAAACUUUACUUGGCUUUCCAUCGUCGGCUAAUGAUUUAGCUUUAGACGCAAAAACCGACCUUGAAUCAGAUCCUAAUAUUUCAAAAGAAGUAAAAGAGAAGAUUAUAGAGAAGUUGUUUACAUUGGUGUCCAUGGUACAACAUGCUUAUGAAGCUAAAGUGAGAAUUAUGACGGAAUUUGACAAGUUUAAGGACACGCAUAUGAAAAAUGAACUGCGUAGAGAAAGGGAACAUUCCGAACAGUUGUAUAAAUUGAAUAUGAAUUUCCAAAACGAAGUGAUACAGUCUGUGCAGCAGUUGAGAAGCGAACUAGAUUUGACUAGAAAUUUCUCAAAUAAUACGGACGAAUCUGGUAUUGUGAGUUUGAAGGAUAUUUCUCUAAACUAUGAUUCGGUUGAGACGACAAAUACGUCGAAUUCCCAGGAUAUUAAGUGUGACGCAAUCAAUGGUGACUAAGUAUUUGGAAUUCGCAAUGACAAGUUAAAAAACAAGACACUUUUUAUAUUUUUAGUCUUAAACUAUUUUCUGAGUAAUUUAGUUUUUACAUAUAAAAAUAUUUUUAACGAGUAAAAUUCAAGAGCUAGGCUCUUACAUGUAAAACCUAUGAUUUUAGAGUUAGUAGGUAUAUGUGAUGUUUGAUGAAAGACUUAUUUUUGUAGGGGUAAAUUUUAAUUGUAUUGG